AUGUGGGCGUAUGAAGCGACGCACGCCCCGCCUCAUCAGCAGGACAGGACGCAGGGACGCGCCGUGACCAUCCUCCUCACCCUCAGUCCACCCACCUGUCACCCUGGGGGGGGGGAGAGGAGAGUGUGCGCUCACAGCUUAGGCAGAGUCAGGAUGAAACACGUCAGGAGCGCGCUGGUGUUUGCCUCCGGGCUGGUCACGGGCUUCGUGGCGCUGCGUCUGGUGAUGGACUGGGACCUCUCCACGCAACUCAUGAUCGCCAUUCCCGAGCAGCGCCUCUCGGUCCCCGCGCAGACAGUCGGUGACAAGGCGGUCAACUCCACCCUGCCCCGCAUCUUAUGCUGGAUUAUGACUGGACCCAAGAACCUGGAAUCGCGGACCAUCCACAUCCGGGAGACAUGGGCAAAACGCUGCGACAUCACCCUCUACAUGAGCUCCUUCCCGUCGGCCUUCCCCACCGUUGCCCUGAACGUCAGCGAGGGCCGCCAGAACCUCUACUGGAAGACCAUCCGGGCCUUCCAGUACAUCCACCAAAAACAUCUGGAGGAGGCAGACUGGUUCCUCAAAGCCGACGAUGAUACCUUUGUUGUGGUGGAGAAUCUCCGCUUGAGAGUGGCAAAGUUUGACACCGAAGAGCCGUGGUAUUUGGGUCGACGGUUCGCUCCUUUCGUCAAACAGGGCUACAUGAGCGGCGGGGCGGGUUACGUGCUCAGCAGAGAGGCCGUCAGGAGGUUUGUGAAAGGCUUCGAGACUGGGGACUGCAAGCACUUCUCACAGAUCGAGGAUAUGGCUUUGGGCAGUUGCAUGGAGAGAAUGAAGGUGCAGCCUGCGGACACCCGGGAUGAGCUGGGCAGGCAGACGUUCCACGCCUUCCCCUUGGAUCAUUACGUAAUCAGGAGGCCCCCCAGAAACAGGCCCUGGUAUACAUAUUACGACUACUACCAAGUGUAUGAGGGGCCCAACUGCUGCUCGGACCAUGCCGUGUCCUUCCACUACAUCCACUCUGUGGAGAUGUACACGCUCCAGUACAUGACCUACCAUCUGCGGCCCUAUGGCUACAAGCACAGGUUCAAGCCGGCGCUGCCCGACCAUGGCAACAAGACCACCACCGCCAGCAAGACCACCACCGCCAGCAAGACCAUCACCGCCAGCAAGACCACCACCGCCAGCACCGCCAGCACCGCCAGCAAGACCACCACCGCCAGCACCGCCAGCAAGACCACCACCGCCAAUACCAGCAACACUACCGCUGCCGCAAUGACCGCGACCAAAACCGCGAGGAACAAGUAG